AUGGAUACACAUACACAUUUAGAAGAUUUAUCAAAUGAAAUUUUCUUCGAAAUAUUUGAUUAUUUACAUGCAUUUGAUAUUUUUACUGGUUUUGCUUCAUUAAAUAAACGAAUUUUGUCACUACUACAAUCAAUUCGACUUGAUGUUAUCAUCUUAAAUAGUCAUUAUGAUCGAGAAAUUAAUUUUCUUUCUUCUCAUCUUACUUUUCAUGCUGAUCAAGUUAUAUCAUUAAAAUGUUAUGAUACAAUUCGUAAUCGUUCAUCUAUUAUUAGUCUACUAUUUAAUCGACAUCAUUUUGUUAAUCUUCAAUCAUGUAUAUUUAUAUUUGAUAAUCCAUCAAUUGAACUUGAAAAUAUUAUUAAACAAAUUCAAAGUUUGAAUAAACUUGUUGCAUUUUUUAUUAUACAAACAGAUUAUAAAAGAAUCAAUGAGACGGACAACUGUAAUAUAACUCGAACUAUAUUGAUGAAUAAAUCAUCUUCUCUGCGUUCAGUUAAGCUUGAUUAUGAUUAUGAUUACUUGGAUAUAUCAACUUAUACUUCAAUUGCUUCAAAUCUUAUAUCACUUGAAUUGUUAAUAUCUGGCUCAUCGAAUACAGUAUCAGUUUAUUCAAUUUUGCCAAUACUUCGUCUUUGUCGUAGAAUACGAUACCUACAUACCAUAAUAAAACAUGAAAUUCUAUCC